CGGAAGCUGCGCCAGCCAAUAGAAAAGAGCCUCACGCACUGGAACCUGUCACGUAGGGUCCGGAAGUUCUACAGAGGCUUCGCUCACAAGAAACAAGAUGGAUACUACCAUAUUGGAGCCAUCUUUGUACACCGUGAAGGCAAUUCUUAUUCUGGACAAUGAUGGAGACAGACUUUAUGCCAAGUAUUAUGAUGACACAUACCCCACAGUGAAGGAACAGAAGGCGUUUGAGAAGAACAUAUUCAACAAAACGCAUAGGACAGACAGUGAGAUAGCAUUACUCGAAGGCCUCACUGUUGUCUACAAGAGCAACAUUGACCUCUUCUUUUAUGUGAUUGGAAGUUCACAUGAAAAUGAGCUUAUGCUCAUGGCUGUUCUAAACUGCCUGUUUGACUCCCUAAGUCAGAUGUUAAGAAAAAAUGUCGAGCGUAGAGCUUUGUUGGACAAUAUGGAGGGGCUCUUCCUUGCUGUGGAUGAAAUCGUCGAUGGAGGGGUGAUCCUCGAGAGUGACCCUCAGCAAGUUGUUCAUCGUGUUGCUCUCAGAGGGGAUGAUGUGCCUUUGACCGAGCAGACUGUCACCCAGGUGCUUCAGUCUGCCAAAGAACAGAUCAAGUGGUCGCUUCUACGGUAGUCGCAGCAGGAGAGCCGCUGCACAGCCCGCUGAUCAUGGCACUGAUCCACAUUUUCCUUUUCCUCUCUUACAAUCACUGCUGUGAGCCGGCGCAUCCAGUCUUUUCCUUUUGGGGGAAAAAAAUCCUUACUGUGCAGCUGUUUGCAGAAUAGUGGGUUCAGAUAAGGUGUACAUUCCCUUACCCCGGGUUGGACUGCUCUCUUUGUAUUUUCAUGAUGAAAGCCAUCGUAUCGCUCCGUGGUCACUAAUCAAUCUCAGCAUAGCUGGUGACAACAUUCCAUGCAUGCCCUUUUAUUCUCAUCAUUGGUUGAUCAGAACAUAUUGUAAUGUGAUCACUGGUUGUGGAAGUUCAUUUCAUCUUGCCUUCUUUCAUCAGCAGACAAUUUGAAUAAAUGUUUGUUGAUGGAG